AUGUCAGCCGUAUGCUUUGCUCAUGAAAGUUAUUCAUUAAUAGUUAAAUACAAUCGAUCAACAGCUUUUGGAAACAAGAAACUUUAUUAUGUAUUGAUCUUAAUCUACCCUAUAUUGUUGGGUGUACCCCUAUUAAUCGUUAGUUUAAAAACCGAUGCUGUCAUUCCCAGACAAUAUAAAUGUGAUGUGGCUAAUCCUGUUUGGGUUAGAAUGUUGGGUUACUCUGGAGGCAAUCUAUUAUUAAGUAUACCUGGAGGAUAUUUUAGUGCUCGUUCGGCAUACACUUUAUAUGGACAUUUGGAUCAAUUUAAAUCAGAAUUCUCGAUCAGCGACGCUAGUCAAGAUACAACAUUAAGUACUUCAUCAUGGAAAGAACCGGGAAACAUCUCACUUGAACCAAUACAAUCCCCAAAGUCGACUUUAUCAUCACAACUUCCCCCAUUCCCACAACGUUCUUCGACGCAACAAAAUCUGAAUCUAAGGAGGUAUAAUAUGACAAAAGAUGCUGCAAUUCGGAUGUCAAUCUUCUCGAUAACCUUUAUGCUCGUGUAUUUUUUGGCAAGCAUCAAUACCAUAAUUGAUCUGUUGACUCACAAACCACUUGAAAUAAAAGUUAGCAUUAAUGAUUGGGUUGGUGCCGUUACUGGCAUUUAUGCUUUUAUAGUUUUAUUUAGUAGGGAUGUAAGGAGAGCAUGGAAGAUUUUUAGAUAA